UGAUUUGACGUGUACUUCACAAGUGAGCUAUACUAAUUUGACAACUAAAAGGUUUAAAUGUUCAUCCUUUUCCGGUGACAGACUGUUUAAAUGUUCAUCCUUUGACGGUGAUAGACUGUAGAAUAAAAUUGGAGAUAUUGUUGACGUACAGCAUCCAUCAAACAAUUUAUUUGUUGGGAAGCGUAAACUCGAUCUCGAGAAAGGCAAUCUAACACACUGUAAGGUAUUGCAGCUCUGGUUUUAGAAAGCAGCGCCAUGGCAUAUGAAUUAGAUGAGCAAAAAAAGGUUGGGUUAGGUCUCAUUGGAUUUGGCAUCCUUUUCACAUUUCUUGCCAUAAUUUUAUUCUUCGACAGGGGUUUGCUUGCGCUGGCUAAUAUACUUAUGUUGGCAGGUGUAGCACUUCUGCUGGGUUUUCGUUCUACAUUGCAGCUCUUCAAAGUAAACUACAAGGGCACGAUAUCAUUUAUGCUUGGGCUCUUCCUCAUAUUCGUUCGCUGGCCAGUUGUGGGUAUCAUUGUGGAAAUAUAUGGAUGCAUUGUCCUCUUCGGUUGUUUCUGGCCAUCCAUCAAGGUUUUCCUUUUCCAGAUUCCUGUAUUUGGAUGGAUUCUGCGGUAUCCUGCUCUGCUUCUUGACCGUUUUCGAAGCUGACUGAUUAGUCUGCUCCAGUUAUCCUGUUUGAUUCCUCAUCAUCUUUUGAUGAGUUUUUGUGCAGAGGAGGAAGAAUAUACUCAGCUAGGACACAUCAAAGUUGUCUGUUAUGUAAUGCGGCAAUUUGCUGUCUCGCUGAUCUUCACUUGGUAUCCUCCAAUGGCUCGCUCAAAUGUAUAUUAUAGAUUUUGAUUAUUUCAGUAGCUGCCUAUAUUUCUGCGGAAAUAUAAUUAUUAGUUUUUAACUAACAAUUCUUCUUAUACUAUCCUCUAUUUCCUCUACCAUUUCUGAGGAAACAUUUUACAUGUUUGGUUGUUAAGAGGAUUGUAGGUAAUUGCUUAGGGGUUAGAAUUUAUUCCAAAUUGCAAAGCCUUCUCUUCAAUUUUGUGAACUCUCGGCCAACGGUACCCUUGGAAUAUGAUUUUCUAGGUCCAAAAUUAA